AUGAUGCUUGAUGGUUUCGGCAACAUGCUUCAAUUUUUCAUUGCCUCUUCAUCAUUUACGCCCAGCAUGGAAUGCUUACAGACUCUGAGGCGUGCUAUGAGCACCUACCAGAGGAAGUGUUCUCUGGCCGAUGAGAUUCAGCUGGUGAGGUUCCUUCUGUGUGUAAUUGAGAGCUGUCAUUCGGAGUUAAGUAGCUCAUUGCAUUCGAUUCGCAACCAGAGCUCUGCUUCUGAAGUGGGAAAGAGAAAGCCAAUGCCGUUUUGUAGCUGCUUUGCAAAUGUUCUUGUUAGUAGUAGAAGCCAGCUUACCAGGCCGGUAACUGGUCAAAAGGAGAGUGAACUGAGUGUAGCAAGCCUUAAGUCUGGUUUAUCAGAUGAGGAAACUUCCACACUUGACCUCGCCUCUCUGAUUUAUAGUGACAGUGAUGGAUCACUUAAAGACACUGAGAGCAUUCAGAAAUCGAAGGUCAGAGUAGCUACCACUGUUUGUAUACAGGAUAUCUGUCAAGCUGAUUCGAAAUCAUUUAGUAGCCAAUGGACACUGCUUUUGCCAACCAAUGAUGUAUUACAACCUAGGAAGUUUGAAGCAACACUAAUGACUUGUUUGCUGUUUGAUCCCUAUUUGAAGUGGUGCUUCUAGCUGACACAUGCUUCUUAUGGUGCCUAAGCACGGGUUGCAUCUGCCUCAACUCUGGAAGCAAUGUUGGAUGGGCCUUCUUCUGUUUUUCUGCUGGUAGCAGAGUUCAAAGAGUCUUCUAAAAGGGGAUCUUUUACAGCACUUUCAAGUUCCCUUGGACAGAUACUAAUGCAGCUUCAUACAGGUAUUUUAUACUUGGUUCAACGACAAACUCAUAGUAGAUUGCUGGCAUCCUUGUUCAAGAUUCUCAUGCUUUUGAUAUCAUCUACACCAAAUUUAUUCUCCAACCGAAGUAUUUUUAUUGUCAAUGUUUUUUUCUUUCUUUUUUCAAUGUCACAUGUUUGUUUGUUUGUUUGUUUAAUCUUCUCAUGCUGCCCUUAAUCUUUA